AUGGGCGAAAAGAUCCUUAAGGACGCGGAUCUGCACCGCUCGACCGCAGCAAACCAAGACACACACGAUGCCCACUCCGUCGAGCAAGUGACCGAGAUCUCGGGCGUCUCAACAGCGGUGGCUGCGCUCGAUCCCAACUCGGAAGAGUACAAAGUCAUGGAGAAGCGUCUCGUUCGCAAGAUUGAUAUCCGUCUCAUGCCAAUCCUCGUCUUGCUCUACAUCCUUAACUAUCUAGAUCGCAACAGCAUUUCCACUGCACGAGACAACGGCCUGGUACGAGAUCUGAACCUCCUCGACAAGGAGUACCAGACGGCGCUGAGUAUCCUCUUUGUCGGAUACAUCACAUUCCAGAUCCCAUCGAACAUGCUCAUGACCAGGCUCGGUAGGCCUUCGCUCUACAUUCCAACGUUUGUUGCCUUGUGGGGUGUCGUCUCGGCUUGCACUGCUGCUGCCACCGGCUACCACUCUCUCCUCGCGGUCCGAAUCUGCCUAGGUGUCGUCGAGGCGCCCUUCUUCCCGGGGGCACUUGCGCUUCUUGGUUACUUCUAUAAGAAAGAAGAGAUGGCAACACGGACGGCACUGCUCUUUUCUGGUAGCAUCAUUAGCAAUGCCUUCUCAGGAUUGAUCUCGGCGGGUAUCCUCAGUGGCAUGGAAGGGAAGGCUGGUCUGCCAUCGUGGCGCUGGCUCUUCAUCCUCGAAGGCUCCAUCACCGUAGCUAUCGCCGGUAUGGCGGUGUUCAUCCUUCCGGACAUGCCUGGCAACUCAAAGUUCUUGACCCCUGAGGAAAGGAUCAUCGCCGUCAACAGGUUGUCGGUCAACGCUGGGUCCACUCUGUCAACCGCGGACGAAGACGGAACGCCAAUGCAGGGCUUCUUCAUGGCUGUGAAGGAUAUCAAAACCUGGGUUCUGGCUUUCAUGCUCACAGCCGUGACUGUUGGCGUCGGCUUCAACCAGUUCUUCCCGACCAUUGUGGGCUCGCUCGGCUACUCUCACACCGUCACCCUGCUUCUGACCGCGCCCAUCUGGUUCUUCGCCUUCCUCGCGUGUCUCGCCAACGGUCUCCACUCGGACCGCGUCCAGGAGCGCACCCUACACAUCAUCAUUCCCCUCGUUUUCGGCAUUGUUGGAUUCAUCAUUGCCUCCACCACUACCAGCCUUGGAGCCCGCUUCUUUGCGCUGUUCAUCGAGGCUUCUUCGUACGCCGGCUACACUUGCGUUCUCGGCUGGAUCGCGCCCUCAAUUCCUACCCCCAAGUAUAAAAAGGCCGUCGCGCUCGCGCUCAUCAACGCUUUCUCUCAGCUCGGCAACAUCUCGGCGAGCUACGUCUGGCCCAAGAAGUGGGGCCCCAAGUAUUGGCAGAGCAACACGAUCAGCUCGGCCAUGUUUGUCGCCUGCAUCGUGCUGGUGCUGCUGCACAGGACUAUGCUCAAGAUGGAGAAUGCCAAGCUGGACCAAAUUAAGAACGAUCUGCUCAGCGGUGGCAAGGGCAUGUACGAGGAAGAUGGCAAGGGUUUGGACCCAGAGUCGCAUCUGGCGGUGGAUGGCCAGUCGAAGAAGCAACAGACAAGGAUUGCUAUGGCCAAGAGCUCGUUCCGCUACAUGUUGUAA